AUGACAUUCCCGAAACACCUGCCCCUGGCGUCGCGGGCCUGCGAAUUACCCGAAUGCCCAACUACUGAGAAAGACUCCAUCCGAUGCACUGGUUGCAUGGUCGUUCGCUACUGUAGCGCAGCCCAUCAAGCCUUGGAUCGAAACCGCCACGAGAAAGGGUGCAAAAUUGUCAAAAACACUCGAAGGAUUCUAGAUAUGGAACAGGAAAUACUUCGGGACGACCUUGUCGAUGCGUCUACGUCAGAAAGCAUCUUCGGCGAUGAUGUUGGGUAUCUCUGGACUGACUAUAUGAACGCACGCUACGACAUGGUACAUUCAUUACUCGACGAAUUUGAAGCUCCUGGUGGCAAUGUAGAGGCAGUCAACGAAGCACUCGACAGUCUUCUGGAUAUGCUUCAUUCCCCUCGCAGACAAUACAUGGUCGUUCAAGAUAUUGUCCCACAUCUCUACCUCCGCCUCAAUAGAGAUCAAGAGGCUUACGAUUUCCUUAAGUGGUAUGCUACUACCGUCACGGAAAGCGACUAUAACUGGGAGGACAUUCUUCCUGACCUGGAUGUCAAAGACGCUGAUGUCUUGGAAAAACCACUGGAUGUUUGGUCGAACCGGAAGUCCUUCACCUUGGACCAUGUCGUGGCUGCUACGCUGAUCAAAGUGAGAAUACUUCUUGAUCUGCAGGCUGCACAGAAAUUAUUCAGGAUCCUCAAAGGGACUAUGCCACCUGAGAUCAUUGAGAUGAUCCGUGGUCAGUUUAUUGGCAGUGUUCUCCAGUCACGACCAGAGAUUCUCAGACAGACGACGGAGGAGAUUUCAACUCUGAUCCAGAUGAUGAAGGGACAAAUCAUUAAGCUUUAUAAAUCUGUCCAUACCUGCAACACUCACUUCUGGAGGUUGAUACUCAACAAUGAAACUACCCCUGUUCGGCUAAGGGGGCAGUACUCGAUAGGGACCGAAAAUCACGCUUAUCAGACGCUCAACUACUGUUGGAGCUCCUGGGUCGAGACUCAAGGGGCCUUGGGGUUGAUGAAGGAUUUGAGUGAGAAGGUCUAG